CUUUCAGGUGUGUGUUUGGGGAUGCAGCUCGCUGUGUGUGAAUUUGCUAGAAACAUGUUGGAUUGGAAAGAUGCUAACUCCACCGAAUUUGACCCAGAAACAAAACAUCCUGUGGUGAUUGACAUGCCAGAGCACAAUCCAGGGCAGAUGGGAGGAACUAUGCGGCUGGGGAAAAGGAGAACCAUUUUCAAAACCAAAAACAGCAUACUUAGAAAACUUUAUGGAGAUGUAGAUUAUGUCGAGGAAAGACACCGGCAUCGCUUUGAGGUACAUCGUAAUUUAUACAUGCAUACAAUGUAA